AUGGCAUUUCACAUAGCUUGUCCAAUUACAUGUCGUCGAAUCUGUUUCUGCGCGCUAGGGUUUCCGCGCGCGCUUCAUGACCCCGACGACGCCAAUGGCUUCGCUCAAGACGUCGCCGCGCUCCGAGACUUCCUCGCCGACACGCGCAGGGACGACGCCACCGUACAGGUCCCCGUCCCCAAGGUUCUGCCUCCGCCUCCGCCGCCGCCUGACGGUCUUCCUCUCAACGCCGACGCGCUCGAUGAGUCUGCCUCCAUGAAGGCCAAGCGCAUCGCGCUCCAGCGCAAGGGCGCCGCCGCAAUGAUAGCGGCCGAGGAGUACGCGCGCCGCUUUGAGUCCGGCGACGUGGUGAAUACCCCAGGAAAUGUUACCGGAGAGGAGCAGGGGCAAGCCAAUAGGAGCUAUUGUCGAAUUUGCAAGUGCGGGGAAAAUGAGGGAAGUGAGAAAGCUCAGAAGAUGCUGUCAUGCAAAAGUUGUAGUAAAAAGUACCACAGGAACUGCUUGAGAAGUUGGGGUCGAAAUAGAGAUUUAUUUCAUUGGAGUUCAUGGACCUGUCCUCUAUGCCGAAUUUGCGAGGCUUGCAGAAGGACUGGUGAUCCAAGUAAGUUCAUGUUUUGCAAAAGGUGUGAUGGUGCUUACCACUGUUAUUGUUUGCAACCUCCUCACAAGAGUGUUUGUAAUGGGCCCUAUUUGUGCACGAAACACGCAAGGUGUCACAGUUGUGGAUCAAAUGUCCCUGGAAAUGGACUAAGUGUGAGGUGGUUUAUGGCAUACACAAACUGUGAUGCAUGUGGAAGAUUGUUCACAAAAGGGAACUACUGUCCUGUUUGUUUGAAGGUUUACAGAGAUUCAGAAUCAACACCUAUGGUUUGUUGUGAUACUUGCCAGCUCUGGGUUCAUUGCCAAUGUGAUAAUAUCAGUGAUGAAAAAUAUCACCAUUUUCAAGUGGAUGGGAAUUUGCAAUAUAAAUGUCCCACCUGUCGUGGUGAAUGUUAUCAGGUCAAGAAUCCUGAAGAUGCUGCACAAGAAAUUUGGAGGAGACGGAAUGUUGCUGAGAGAGAUUUGAUUGCUAGCUUGAGAGCUGCUGCUGGUUUGCCAACUCAAGAAGAGAUAUUUUCUAUUUCACCAUUUUCAGAUGAUGAGGAUAGUGGGCCUUUGAAAUUAAAGAGUGAAUCUACCCGUUCCUUUAAGUUCUCUCUGAAGAAUUUGUCCAAUGACUCACCAAAGAAGAAAUCUUCAAGCAAAAAGACUAUGAAGAAAAAAGAUUCCGAGUCAUUUAUGAUUAGUAAAAUCGACACACACAAUAGUUUUGAAGGACAUAGUGAUAUUAAAUCUUUGCAUAGCUUAGAUGAUGAUAAGAAUGAUGAUAUACAAUCCCAGAGAAAUGAUGGUCCAGAUGUUCACUCAUCACCUGCUACUGGAAGCUUGAGUCAGACUGAAGCAUCUUGCCCUAGUAAUCAACCAGGGAUUUUGAAACAUAAGUUUGUUGAUGAGGUAAUGGUCAGUGAUGAAGAGAGGAAACCUAGAGUUGUUCGAAUUAAAAACAACAAGGCACAUAUUAUGGAUAGUGAAGAGGAAAGUGGAAAACAGAGUGUUAAAACUCAGAAUGUGAAAGGGAAGAAGUUGGUUAUAAAUUUGGGAGCACGGAAAAUUAAUGUGGCCAGCUCCCCACGUUCUGAUACUUCAAGCUGCCAAAAAGAUCAAGAUCUGGUGACUAUUAAUGGAAAUGAAGAUAUAAGCCAAUGCAGGAAGGGAGACAAAAUUGCAUUAGAUAGACAAGAAGGCACAGCUAGGCAUAUUGACGGUAAAGGAAAUAGAGUUGAUUCUGGUCAAUCAAAAGUUUUCAAGGUUUCAGGAAGAGAAGGAAAUUUGAUUAAGCUGGGAAAAGUUAAGCCUGAUGUUUCUGAAUUGAACCUGGCCGCAGGUAGAGGCAAUAUGUCUGAUGGGCGGAUGAAACAUAGUAUUGAUGAAAUGAUUGGUCAUGUUGGAAUGAAAGCUACAUCAAGAGGUGAAAGGACGUAUUUGGGGAAGCAAUCGGAAGGUAGCUCUGAUGCGAAUGAUGAGACAGAUGACAAUAAUAAUGGAACACCUUCGCAUUCUUUGCCUAAAGAUUCCAAACCUUUACUAAGAUUUAAAUUCAAGAAACCCAGCAUUGAAACUCAAAAUUCUCCUCAUCGGGAGGAGGAGAAGAUGACAAUCAAGGGCCAGAGGUCAAAAAGGAAGAGACCUUCACCUUUUAAAACAUCAUUUAAUGAGUCUGAAGGUGUAAGUCAAUCACAUCAAGACAGUGGAAUGGAUGAGAUCAUGGAUGCAAACUGGAUUUUGAUGAAAUUGGGCAAUGAUGCAAUUGGAAAGAGAGUUGAAGUUCAUCAGACAUCGGACAAUUCUUGGCACAAGGGUGUGGUUACUGACGUAGUUGAAGGUACUUCGAAGUUAUUUGUUGCAUUAGACGAUGGGAAAGUGAAGACCCUGGAACUCAGGAAACAGGGGGUCCGAUUUGUUCCUCAAAAGCAGAAGAGAUCCAAGACAUGA